CUCACCAAAAGUGUCGAACGAUAUUUCUGAGCUUUUGGUUUAAUUUUUUUGAGUAGAAAUGUCUAGCAACAACUCUUCUUUGUUCAUCAAUGCAUUUCAACGGGAAAACAAUACUCAUGUUCAUCUCCAAGGCUUUGAAAUUCGUAUUUUGACAAGGUGUUUCUUCUUCGUUACAAUGAUAAUCGCUGUUACUGGAAAUGUUUUGGUAAUUACAGCCAUUGCCACGAGCACAAAGCUGCAGUCUUAUAAGAACAACUGGCUUUUGUGCAAUCUAGCUGUAGCCGAUUUGCUUCAAGGAGCAAUUGCUGUACCUCUGAGAAUAGUGGAAACGUUUCCAAGUUUUGCUAACUACAUCAGCUGUCGCGUUGCAAUCCCUUUGAGUAUCUUAUUCGGUGGGACAUCCAACAUUACUAUCCUUUUCAUCAGCGUCGAACGAUUCCUAGCUAUUUAUUACCCAUUUUUUCACAUUGAUUUUUUCACGAGUAAAGUAGCUAAGAGUCUUAUUGGUUUUUCGUGGUUCACAGUUGGUUUCUUCUCGUUGAUAUCAGCGACACAUCUUACUUGGAAUGAGAAGAACCCUUCCCAACACAUGAGAUUUUGUAGGUUCCCUGUUUAUCUGAGGAAAGAAUACAUCUGGAGUCUAUAUUCUUAUGUUCAUAUUAUCCCAAUAUCUUUGGUUGUAGUUCUCUAUGGCUUCAUCCUGAAGGCAAGCUGCCAACAAGCUCAUCGAAUUCACCAACAGAACGUUGCCGUCUGUAUAAACCGUUUCUCAAGAAGCGGGAAACUCACUCUCAAUGCAAAAUCUAGCUCCAACCUCUCUCUGUACUUGAAGAAGUUUAAAGGCAUCAAGGUAGUGUCUGUGGUUGUGGGUCUUUUCAUUGUUUUAGUCUUACCUAUCGUUGUCAUAGAUGUGAUAGAUGUUGUACAAGGGACGAGGCCUUCUCCAGACGUUGUACAACUAGCAGUGUGCAUGAUAUAUGCCAAUAACUGUGUGAAUGUUUUUGUUUAUGCUGGAUUCAACCAGGAGUACAGACAGAACUUUAAGAGGAUUCUUAGACGAAUAUUUUGUUGGUCAAGGAGAUGUUGACAUAAUAUUAUCUAAAAGUACAAAUAUCACAUUCGACCGACUAGUUAACCGAUCGACCAGCUGCACAAGCCACCAAGAAACCAACCGGACGUACAACCAAUAAUUUAAAUAAGAGAAUUCGCAAAAGAUCUUUUUCAAGGCGUCUUUGACUCUAUAGUCAUUUUUGGCAUUUCAAAUGAUUUAAAGAUGCAUAUUUGGCCACACAAGCCAUGCACCAAGAAACCAACCAGACAACGAAAAUUAAGUCUAAAGAGAAUUUGCGAAAUACCUUUUUGAAGGCGUCCUUGACUCAAUAGUCAGCUUUCAUUUCAAAUUGAGUUAAAAAUGAAUGUGAUCUAGAAUACUGGAUUUUUUGAUCGACCUGUCAACUGACCGACUAAGCUGACAAGAAACCAAUCGUAUGAUCUAAACGUACCAGCAAAUCAUGUAAUCUACCGACCAAUCAACUCCUAAAUAACAGACCAGUGGUCGCUAGAAACUGGUUGCCCCUCUGUAUGUCCGACCAAGGCAAACCGACUGAUAAACCAAGUAACUAAAUGAUCAAAGAAUACUUUAAAAAUGUAAAAGUAGAGUACAAAUAUGUGCCAGGAAACUGUGUGAAAUAAAUAAUAAAAGAAGGACGCCCUUUA